UAUACAACCUUCAAGUCUCAAAAACAACGUUGGAAUUAUGACAUAGUGCAGACUCAGUGAAUUGGCUAGUGUUUCCUAUGUUUUCAAGCAAACACUUCUUACAUUAUACUUCAAGACUAUUAUUACUUGCAUUUUUUGCAAUCCUGAGAGACAUACUGUCAGAGACACAACAAGAUCAAGAACUUAAUUGUGUGUAGAUGUAUGUAUGUAUAAAAUGCGGAGGAUGUUUUAUUCAGCCAACAUAGCAAUAUCUAAGAAAUAGUAACCAAGUGGAGAUUCAAGAUGAAGUUGAAAUCCUUUGCUCACCUUUUCUUUAUGUUGUUUUUUGUUGCCUUUUCCAACAUCAAAAUCUGCUUAGGAGACUGUGAUAACCUACAGGAUUCUUGCCCAGCAGUUCCACCCAACAAGCAGACCAUAUUCAUCAAUGGUCUACAAUGCAAAAACCCAGUUAAUGUUUCAGCUCAAGAUUUCAGGACCACAAAACUGAGCACUGCCGGCUCUACAGACAUUUUUGGUGCGUCGAUGAAAAUUGUCAGUGCUGCUGAGUUUGGUGGUCUGAAUACUCUUGGCCUCUCCAUUGGAAGAACUGAUCUUGAUGGGAAUGGCCUGGUUAACUUCCACUAUCAUCCUAGAGCUACUGAGAUCAUCUUUGUUACCAAAGGAGUGUUGUUGGCUGGAUUUGUUGAUACCAAAAACCAGUACUUCCAAAAGUUGAUUAAAGUAGGUGAUGUGUUUGUGUUCCCCAAGGCUUUGUUCCACUUCUAUCUAAAUACUGGUUUUGAAGAAGCCUCUAUCUUCUCAGUGUACAACAGCCAAAAUCCUGGCUUUGUAUCCCUUAGUCCUACAGCUUCUGACACUACAUUAGAAUCACUAGACAAGAUCAAGAGAAAACUCAUAUCACUCUCUGCCUCUGAAACUCAAGAUGUAAACAGUUUCAUCUCUCCAGAAAUGGAAAGCAUUUACAGUUAGCCAUUUCAACCUAUUCUCUAUUGAACUCCAUGGUAUUAGUUCAAUUACAUUUAACAGUGUGUUUUGUUUGGUUAUUUAUUGUACUCCCAACUUAUAUUAUACACUAUUACUUGUGCCUCAUCCAUAAUCGUGUCAACCUUUUUUCAACAUGAAUUUCCUAGCUCUAUAUAUUACUGGGAAUCAUAAUUACCAAUGAUACCAUACCAGGAAGUAGAAUGGAAGAGAAAAACAAAUGCAACAUAACACGAGAUUCCCCUUCUUUCGAGUUCAGGUGUGAGAACUACACACUUCAAUUGUUCAUUUAUUCUAAAUGUACUAUGGGGUUUGGCCUCUUUCAUAA